AUGGAGAAAAAUCAACGUAAAACAGACAAUAAAGUAGAUAAACUAUGGACAAGUAUCGAGAAUGAAAAACGCGUUCUUCAAGAAAGAAACGUAAACAAUUGUAUAUUAGUUUCUUGCGAUGAUGUCCAAAUUGGUAACGUAGGGCACAAACGAACUUAUAGAAACGAAGGACCACCAACAAUGCCAGCAAAAAAGUUAAUGGUUGAGAAAAACGGUUCUUUUGAUUAUGAAGAAAAUGAAGACGAAGAGAUGGCGCCGUCAAAGAAUCCAAUCGUUGAAAAACUCAGGGCUAUUGGUGGGAUUGCAACAACUGGGUAUAAUGUUGAUUUGAGUAAGAUCGCUAUUGUUCUCUGUGAGAAUCCCAUUUGUAUUGUGCUUUCAACUGCCUGUAAAUCCGCUUCACAGUGCUUAUCUAUCAGAUUUAGUCGUAAGCGUAGAUUUCAACGAAGACCUCAAAAUACUAAUGAAAAUGCUAUUAAAGCAUCACCAUGA